AUGCCUCGAGAAUGCGAGCGGUGUGGCGAGGCGCGUGCAGUGCUGCGCCGCCCCAAGACGGGGCACCUCGUGUGCCGCGAGUGCUUCUUUGUGGUGUUUGAGACGGAGGUGCACGAGACGAUCCAGCGUGCGCAGCUGUUCCGGCGGGGCGACCGCGUGGCGAUUGGCGCGAGUGGCGGCAAAGACUCGACGGUGCUGGCCUACGUGAUGAAGACGCUGAACGAGCGCAUUGACGAGGGCAUCACCGGGUACCGCGACGACAGCCUCGAGACGGUGAAGCGCAACCAGGAGCAGUAUGGGAUUCCCCUGAAGGUGCUGGGCUACAAGGAGCUGUACGGCUGGUCGAUGGACGACAUUGUGGCGUCGGUCGGGCGAAAAAACAACUGUACCUUUUGCGGCGUGUUCCGUCGGCAGGCGCUCGACCGCGGUGCGGCGUCGCUGGGCGUGGACCACAUCGUCACCGGGCACAACGCGGACGACAUGGCCGAGACUGUGCUGAUGAAUGUCCUGCGCGGCGACACGGCGCGCCUCGAGCGAUGCACGGAGAUUAUCACGCGUGGCCCCGAGGGCGACGACGGCGCGGCGGGCGGCUGUGGCGGCGGCGAGGGCGAGUUUGGCGGCAGCGGUAUCAAGCGGAGCAAGCCGUUCAAGUACGCGUACGAGAAGGAGAUUGUGAUGUACGCGUACUUUAAGCAGCUCGACUACUUUAGCACCGAGUGCAUCUACUCGCCGAAUGCGUACCGGGGCUAUGCGCGGGCGUUCCUCAAGGACCUCGAGAGCCUCCGGCCGUCGAGCAUCAUCGACAUCAUCCACAGCGGCGAGAACCUGCACGUGGACAGCCAGGUGAGGCGGGCGGUGCAGCGUACGUGUGUGCGCUGUGGCUACAUUUCGUCGAACGAGCUGUGCAAGGCGUGUGUGCUGCUCGAGGGUCUCAAUCGCGGCAAUCCUGCGAUGGGGAUCCGCUCCGACAAGUCGCGUGUCGUGCGUGAGGCGCGGCAGGACGGCGAGAUUGGGCACACCAUCCCGCGCUGGGAGGGCGUGCGGCGCAGCGCGCCAGCCUCAACGGCGUGGUAA